AUGGACGACGACGCCGGCGACGCCUCGCCGCCGCCGGGACCUGUCCCCCCUGCUGCCACAGGCGCCUCGUCGUCGCGUGACAUGGCUGCGUCCCCUACCAGCUCGCGCUCCGUGACGGAGACGGUGAACGGCUCCCACCGCUUCGUGAUCCAGGGCUACUCCCUCGCCAAGGGGAUGGGCGUCGGGAAGCACAUCGCGAGCGAGACCUUCACCGUCGGGGGAUACCAGUGGGCUAUCUACUUCUACCCAGACGGGAAGAACCCCGAGGACAACUCGGCCUACGUUUCCGUCUUCAUCGCGCUCGCUUCCGAGGGCACUGACGUCCGCGCUCUCUUUGAGCUCACACUGCAGGACCAGAGCGGCAAGGGCAAGCACAAGGUCCACUCCCACUUCGAUCGCUCGCUCGAGUCUGGCCCCUACACCCUCAAGUACCGAGGCUCUAUGUGUAAUGAAGGGGUUGAUGUUAUUCUUAAUGUGAGUGGAGAGAGGUUUCAUGCCCAUAAGUUGGUGUUGGCUGCACGGUCUACUGUAUUUAGAUCCAAACUUUUUGGCGAUGAAUCAGAAGGAGACAAGAACGAGGUUAAUGAGAGUGAGGAUCUGAAAGAGAUUGUUAUUGAUGAUCUAGAGCCCAAGGUUUUCAAGGCCAUGCUUCAUUUCAUCUACAGAGAUACCCUCGUUGAUGAUUAUGAGUUGGAUGCAUCAAGCUCCAUGGGCUCUAUUUUUGAUACUUUGGCGGCAAAGUUGUUGGCCGCAGCAGACAAGUAUGACUUAGGAAGGUUAAGAUUUCUAUGUGAAUCUUACUUGUGCAAAGGCAUUUCUGUGGCCUCGGUUGCAAAUACUCUUGCAUUGGCUGAUAGUCACCACGCCAUGGAGCUUAAAGCCGUUUGCCUAAAAUUUGCUGCAGAAAAUCUUUCAGCUGUGAUCCGGACUGACGGGUUUGAUUACCUCAAGGAUAAUUGCCCAUCACUUCAGUCGGAGAUACUGAGAACUGUUGCUGGGUGCGAGGAGCCGUGCAGUAGUGGCGGGAAAAGCCAGAGUGUAUGGGGACAGCUCUCGGACGGUGGCGACACUAGUGGCCGUAGGGUGAGGCCAAGAAUCUGA